AUUGUCAUCAUAGUCAACGACCCAUUUGUGAUGAAGGCAUGGGCAAAAACAUACCCUGAGAACAAGCAUGUCAAGUUCCUAGCUGAUGGCUCUGCAACCUACACGCAUGCUCUUGGCCUGGAGCUUGACCUCAAAGAGAGAGGCCUUGGCACUCGUUCAAGGAGGUUUGCUCUUCUGAUUGACGACCUCAAGGUGGUAGCUGCAAAUGUUGAAUCUGGGGGAGAAUUCACCGUGUCCAGUGCUGAUGAUAUGCUUGCGGUUCUCUAGAAAAGAAAA